AUGGCGGCGGACCUGGGCUUCGAGGCGACCGAGCUCCGGCUCGGCCUGCCCGGCGGCGGCGGCGAGGGGGAGGCCAGGAGCUCCUCCGGCAAGAGGGGCUUCGCCGAGACCAUCGACCUGAAGCUGAAGCUGGAGCCGGCCGGCGAGGAGGCGCCGGCCGAGGAGGAUCGGGCCGACGUGGCCGUGGUCGCGGCCGCGGCGGCGGAGAACCAGGAGGAGACGGCGACGGACGCCGGCGCGGGGAAGAUGAAGAGGUCGCCGAGCCAGAGCAGCGUCGUCACCUCCGCCGCGCUGCCCGACCCCGCCGAGAAGCCCCGCGCGCCCAAGUACGUGCAUCUCCAUCUCUAUCUCCACUCCACCCACCUUUCGGCGCAGGUGGUGGGGUGGCCUCCGGUCCGGUCGUUCCGGAAGAACAUCCUGGCGGAGAAGUCGUCGCCGGCGGCGGCAGCUGCGUUCGUCAAGGUGAGCAUGGACGGCGCGCCCUACCUGCGCAAGGUGGACCUCAACAUGUACAAGACCUACCAGGACCUCUCCAAGGCCCUCGAGAAGAUGUUCAGCUCCUUCACCAUCGGAAACUGUGGAACUCCAGGGAUGAACGGCAUGAACGAGAGCAAGCUGAUGGAUCUGCUCAAUGGAUCCGAGUAUGUUCCGACGUACGAGGACAAGGACGGCGACUGGAUGCUCGUUGGCGACGUCCCGUGGGAGAUGUUCGUCGAGUCGUGCAAGCGCCUUCGGAUAAUGAAGGGAUCAGAAGCUAUUGGCCUUGCACCAAGGGCAAUGGAGAAAUGCAAGAACAGGAGCUGA